AUGAAAGAACAAUUCUGUCUCCUUCUAACCAUUUUCGUAUUUUCUCAAGCUUUUUAUGGGGAGCAAUUGGUAGCCGAUGAUCUUCUUGUGCCAGCCCCAAUCCCUGCAUUUCCUGUCAAUAGUUAUGAUGUCAUCGUCGAAGGGGAAUUACGCUGCCAUCAAAAACCGGCAACCGGAGUGGAAAUCCAUCUCGCGGGCAGUGAGUUUGUGUCGGAUGUAAAAACGAAGAUCGACGAUAACGGCCGCUUUUAUUUAAACGGUACGCUCCAUGUCACCUCUUUCCCACUGUUUCAACAUCCGGUCGUUCGGAUUUUACAUUCUUGCUCGAAGCAGUUUUGCAAAGUCCUCAGCACGAUUCCGGUCGAAAAACGAUACUUGAGUACAGGAGAGGUGCUCGUCAUAUCCCGCGAGCUCUCCGUCCACUACAAAGGUGACAAGUUGAAAUGCUCGAUUAGGGAGCAGCUAUUGGAAGGUUUUGAUCUUGACGACGAA